UCUCUCUCUCAGUGGAGCGACGAGCUGCUGGUGUGCACAGCGCAGCCAGCUGACGCAGCAGCAUCUAGCAACAGUUAGCGGUCAGUAGGAGCUGGGUGUGAGUCUCUCUCUCUCUAUAUAUAUAUUUAUAUUUAUAUUUAUUUAUAUAUCUCUCUAUCUUAAACCUUUUUUAAACUGAUUAGUAUUUACAAUGAAGAAAUUAAAAGGGCCCACAUCCUGACGUCCGCAUUGUGGCCAAUGACGGGUCUGUCGCGGCGUUGACGACUGACAUGGACGCUAGUGACAAUAAGGAUGUGAAGCUUUCAGCAGAAGUGGAACCGUUCAUCCCACAGAAGAAAGGUCUCGAAGGAUCCUUAGUCAGCAUGAGUCUUUCUGGCGAGGCAGGCGGCGGAGGAGGAGGAGGGGGUGGUGGGGUGGAAACCACUCCCAUACCCAGCUACCUCAUCACCUGCUACCCUUUCGUCCAAGAGAACCAACCCAACAGGCAACAUCCUAUGUAUAAUGGAGGGGAGCUGCGCUGGCAGCAGCCUAACCCUAGCCCUGGUGGUUCAUACCUGGCCUACCCCAUCUUGUCGUCCCCCCAGCCUCCUGUCUCCAAUGACUAUGCUUACUACCAGAUUAUGCCUGCUCCGUGCCCACCUGUGAUGGGCUUCUACCAGCCCUUCCCUGGCACUUAUGCAGGUCCUGUGCAAGCUGGAGUGGUCAACCCUGUCUCAGCAGAUGUCAGUGAAAGACCACUGCCUCUGGGGCCAGCAUAUGGUAUGGCCAGUCAGAGGGGGAGAGGCAUGGUCCGACCUAACAUUCUCCCAAAGCAACAGUUGGGUGUCUGCCAGCCUCCAAGGGGCCGCCGGCCUCCAACCAGGAGUGUAGCUGUGCAGAAGGAGGUAUGCACCUUGGGGCCUGAUGGUAGGACCAAGACAGUCAUGCUGGUGGAUGCAGCACAGCAAACCGAUUUCCCAGGUGAGGUGUCAGGGCGUAGUGCUGCUGAGCGGGCUAGUCCCCUGCUGUGGAAGAACCGAACAAAGAGAAGACGGGCGUCCCAUCCAGGUGAAAUCUACAACGAGCAGGGUGCUAGUGAAGCAGAUAUAGACAGUGACAGUGGUUACUGUAGCCCCAAACACAACCAGGCAGCAGGGACACAACGAACAGCAGAGAAUGCAGCAGCACCCACAGGAGUAGAGGCUGGUGUAAUGACAGCAGGUACCUGGGUAAAUGUAGCCUCACAGGCUACCCCGAAGUCCUGGGGAGACAGGAAUGGCCAGUUUCACAGAGCAGACCAGAGGAAGAAUCCUGAACAGAGAAACUUCUCACAGGAUUUCCAUAGUGGCUAUCCAGGGCGUGUGCCACCCAACCAGACAGAACAAAGGCUACAGGCAGCAGUGGUCACUGGCACUGAGCUCACCCCAGAGCCCCUCUACUUUGAGGAUGAAGAUGAGUUCCCGGAUCUGGCUACUGGAGGGGCUGCCCAACGCAGCACCAAACCAGAAUCUACUCCAGCCCAGACACACACGCAACCUAAACUGCCUAAAAACCUGCUGGAUAAUCUACCAGAAAACUCGCCUAUCAACAUUGUGCAAACACCCAUCCCCAUUACGACCUCUGUUCCCAAGAGGGCCAAGAGCCAGAGGAAGAAGGCUCUGGCUGCUGCCUUGGCCACUGCACAGGAGUACUCUGAAAUCAGCAUGGAACAAAAGAAAUUACAGGAGGCAUUCACCAAAGCAGCCGGGAAGAAGAGUAAAACCUCUGUUGAGCUGGACCUUGGAGAUAUGCUGGCAGCCUUGGAGAAACAACAGCAGGCUAUGAAGGCCAGACAGCUCACCAAUACCAAGCCACUGUCUUUCACAGUGGGAACAACUACUCCAUUCCAUGGUUCCGGCUCAACCAGCGUACCGUCGAUGUUGAAGGGUCACCAGCAGCCAUAUUCAGCCCCACAUAAUUCCCUGGAUUCCACUGCACCACGUAUCAAGAGAGGGAAGGAGAGAGAGAUCCCCAAAGUGAAACGGCCAACAGCCCUUAAGAAGAUCAUCUUGAAGGAACGUGAAGGGAAGAAAGGAAAGACGAGUAUAGAACAAGAGUCUUCAGGCCAGGAGGAGCAUGGGGAGGAGUGUUUACAUUUUACUGAUGAUCUUCCACGCGAGCCUGCCUCCCAAGAAGACAACGGUUUGAGCGUACCCAGUGAUGCCUCCCUUUCCCCGGCCAGUCAGAACUCUCCAUAUAGCAUCACCCCAGUAUCCCAAGGUUCCCCUGCCAGCUCUGGCAUUGGGAGCCCCAUGGCCUCAAACGCCAUCACCAAGAUCCACAGCCGACGUUUCAGAGAGUACUGUAAUCAAGUGCUGAGCAAGGAGAUCGAUGAGAGCGUGACUCUGCUGUUGCAGGAACUGGUUCGCUUCCAGGAGCGGGUCUACCAGAAGGAUCCUACCAAGGCCAAAUCCAAACGCCGCCUGGUCAUGGGUCUCAGAGAGGUCACCAAGCACAUGAAGCUGCAUAAAAUUAAGUGUGUCAUCAUCUCUCCCAACUGUGAGAAGAUUCAGGCAAAAGGUGGUCUGGAUGAAGCUUUAUACAAUGUAAUUGCCAUGGCUAGGGAGCAGGAGAUCCCAUUUGUGUUUGCCUUGGGCAGAAAAGCUCUAGGACGCUGCGUCAACAAACUAGUGCCUGUUAGUGUGGUUGGCAUUUUCAACUAUUCUGGAGCCGAGGAUCUCUUCAACCGUUUAGUGUCUCUGACAGAAGAGGCUAGGAAGGCCUACAAGGACAUGGUGUCGGCUCUGGAGCAAGAGCAGGCUGAGGAGGCUCUGAAAAAUGACAAGAAAGUCCCAUACCAAAUGGGGCAUUACCGCAACCACUCUGCUGCUUCUGCUAUCUCCUUUUGCUCAAUCUUCUCUGAGCCCAUCUCAGAGGUCAAUGAAAAGGAGUAUGAGACCAACUGGAGGAGUAUGGUGGAGACUUCAGAUUCCCUGGAGCCUGUAGAAGCUGAACCAAGCCGCCCUGCACCUUCUACAGCCACCCAGAGAGACAGUGACGCCCUGACAGCUACCCCCAACGCAACCCCGUCUUGCUCCUCUGCUCCUCAGCCCAGACCAGCGCCUCUGACACAGGGUACCAGUGAGAGAGACGAGGUCCGUGUUGACGACCGGCUGGAGCUUGCCUCUCAGCAGAGCACAGAGACAGGCUCAUUGGAUGGGAGCUGUAGGGGGCCACUGAACUCCUCCAUCACCUCCACCACUUCCACCCUGGUCCCCGGGAUGUUGGAGGAGGCGGAGGAGGAGGAGGAAGAGGAGGAGGAGGACUAUACUCCUGAGCCUAUUUCAGUGGAGGUGCCCACCCUCAGCAGUCGCAUUGAAUCCUGGGUGUCGAAGACCUUGGAAAACCUGCAGCUGGGAAAGAGCCAGGAAAGUACAGAGGAGGAGGAGGAGGAGGAAGAGGAAGAGGACGAAGAGGAUAGAGGACAGAGUGAGGACGAGGAGGACCUCGAUUCAGCAGACAUCACAGAGACAGUGAUUGAGGGAAAAGAGCAAUUGGAGGCUAAGAAGGCCGGUUGAUGUCACCUCUCUUCCUCUGUACAUACACUCAUUCCCUCUGUCCUCGGUUGCACACACACAUCCCUCUUCACAACAGCCAGCAGUUUAUCUCCUUUGUCUCUAACCCCUGACACCAGACAUAAUCUCAGGUAUCCAACCAACUGACCAACACUCACAGACACAGACACACACCAUUAACAUCACACACAGAAACUGACCAACUUACAAACACACAGGGUCGCAGACCAAAAGACAACUAACACAGUUUGAGGGUUUAGUAAUUGACACCAACACACAAAAAAAAAAACACUCAUCGUGUAAUUUAAUAGGAUGCCCUCACUUCUUCUUCUGCCCAUAACCUGCUACACUUGAAUUCAGAGGGAAGUUUUGGAUUUUCCUCCUCCGAAGCUGAACUCAAUUAGAGUCAGGGACGUUUCUGGGAGCAAGUGAUGAGCGCUGAAACAAUGUUGAACUGCUGUCUGUAGCUCACAGAGAAGGAAGGUUGGAACCUUUCAGCUCCCAUCUUACUUUAUACAGAGCUCAGAAAGUUUACCGCUCUGCAAGUAUUUCUGUGCUUGUGUGUGUGUGUGUGUGUUUUACAGGCACAUAGUUUGCAUUUAUUUUGCUGUGUUCAUUAGCUUUAUAUUUGUAAAGUGUGUGUGUGUGUGUGUGUGUGUGUGUGUGUGUGUGUGUGUGUGUGUGUGUGUGUGUGUGUGUGUGUGUGUGUGUGUGUGUGUGUGUGUGUGUGUGUGUGUGUGUGUGUGUGUGUGUGUGUGUGUGUGUGUGUGUGUGUGUGUGUGUGUGUGUGUGUAUUUCCCACCUGACUGCUCCAUGACGGAAGGAGAGACAUGCAUUUCUUAAUUACUCCUUGGUUGGUAUUUAGCUUUCCUUACAGAAUAUUACAGUGUCAGGGGUUCUGUCUUUCUACCAAAACCACUCCCACCCAUCAGUCUUCAGAGAGUGUUUUUUUUAAUGUUCAAAUAAUAAGUGGCCCAUUCUGUAUUCAGAUGAUUCAAACAACUUAACUUCUAAGAAGCAAAACAAGCUUUGUGUAUAUAACCUUGUCUAUGUGGUUCUACUACAGUAUAUAAUGGUUUGUCAUAUUGAUCUUGCCUCGUGUGAAACUAUUUGGGGUUGUUUUCCUCUUGACUGGAAUUGUCUUGAGUUCCCAGAUGCUGUCUGUGCUUCAUAAAAAAAAAAAAAAAGUACUCCUGUUUUGUUCUCUCUGGUGGUGUUUUGCUCCCUGAUGGGGAGCCUCAAGCUGUCUCUUACUUGGUAAUGACCUAACACCGUAUUUUAGAGGCACGUUUAUCAAAUGUACCAUCAACACUGAGAUCUUUUUUUAAGUUCUUCCAUCCAAGAUAUUUUGUGUUUCGGUAAAUAAGCACGUAAACGCAGAACUUAGUUACUGUCAUCGUUUUCACCAGCAUUGACUUCCUUUUAAAAAAUGCCACUUAAAUCAAAUUCACCAAUAGGACAAGCAGGUGUUUACUGGUAUUUAUGAAGUUUAAAAAUGCCCAAGUUUACAAAAAAACAGACAUGGUUGUUUACAGCUGAAAAUGAAUCCUUGUAGAGCUUUUCUAGAUUUUAUAGACAGAUUUUGUGGGGACUGAGCUGCAAUCAGUAGUCUGAUGUCAGUUCACCACAGCUGAGAAGCUCCCUCAUUGGGCAGAGUCACCACUGGAAGUCAAACAUGUCUUCACAAAGUCAUGCACAUACUAAUGAUAAUCCAUUGUAAAUACAAGUGUACAAAAGAGAUGUUGAUUUUGCAUUGUAUUAAAAAACAAAUACAAUCGUCCUGUUCUUAAAGCCAUUUGAUAGUUUUAACAUUUAAACAGUUGAAAUCCAAUUUGAUAGUGAAUCAUAGAGAGAUUUCAGCCAGUCGAUGCGGUGUGUAAAUGCAGUAUGUCGGGCUGUAUGCAAUGUGAAGCCCCGAGAUGGGAGAUGACAGUGUACUGGAUAUCAUACUUGGAAAUUAUGAAAGUAUUUCUAGUUUGAUAAACGUUAUGCUGUGUGUAGGCUUUUUGUUGCUAUGACUUCCAUCAAAGUGUUUGAAGUAUGUUAAUUGACAACAAGUGUGUUUUUUGCACUAUGUAAAUACGUACUGGUAAAGGUCUUGUAACUAAUGUGAACAAAAAACAAAACUAAAAAACGGUUCAAUGAAGUACUUUUUUCAGCGUGUUCCUCAUCUUUAUAUGGAUAUUUAAGAACAUCUCCUUCAGACUGUACAUCACUAGCAACAUUGUUAGAGGCUGUUUCUCAUAAUCCUGUUAUCACUCUUAACAUAUAUGGACCGAUGAUUAACAUCAUUAAAAUGUUGUUUAUGUAAA